GUUACGGAGAUAUUUUUUUCUGGAGGCGAGGUUUUCUUGGAGAGCAAGCUGCCGGAGGGUGUAGGAAACGAGGUGGGAUAUUUUGAAGGUGUUCUUUGGUUUGAGGGGGGAGGAAGUUUUUUUCCGAGAGUUUCUGGGCUGGUUACAGGGAGGAAGAAAGGAGAGUGAGAUAUUUUGAGAGGUAUUUUCUUUGGCUUGGGGGGCAAGGCAAAAGGGGAGAGGAUUUUUCUCUAAAGGUGAGCUGUUUACAGAGGAGGAAGGGGAAGCUUUACAGAGGAAAACGAGGGAGCUUGGGGGAAUGAGGAUUUUGGGGUUGCUGAAGUGAGAUCUUUUGAGUGAGCUGGUUACAGAGAUAUUUUUGAGACUGGUUGCUUGGGAGAGGGAGUUUCUUGAGAGAGAUAACCAGAGAGAGAGUGCGAGAGAGAGCUGUACGUUUAGAGAGUAGAGGAGGAUGGCUUUGUUGGUUCAUUAGUUUCGUUGGCUUUGGAGGAGGAUUUAAAAGGUUUGAAGCUGAACAGGACCUUACUGGAAAAGGGCUCUCUCAGGGAACAUCGUUUUUGGUGCUAUAAGCUUCUAGUGUUUCUUUGAUUGGAUCACAAUUAUGGACUUAGCAGCAGACUUUUUCAACCAAUCCAAUGCUUUACUGAGAAAAAACUUGAUUUUGCAGAAACGAAAUUUUCUCCCCCUUUUUUCGCUCAUUUUCUUCCCCAUAGUGCUGCUGUUUUUAUUCUUCCUUAUUCCAACUGCCGUGAACAAAGAGUUGGAUAAAAGUAGCUCUCGUCCCAUCCCUCACCCUCAGGAAUGGCCUGCAUUGCUGCAUAUACCAGCUUCGCGUUAUCGUGCCGUGAAAACUACAUCUUCACCUUUUAUGGACUUGCCCCAGGAAUCAUGCAGGAGUACAGGGUUGUGUCCUGUAACUCUUCUUCUCACUGGAAAAGAUAAAUCUUUUGGACUAGGUUUGACUGACAAGAUGUUCCCAAAAGUUUCCACCUUGAAUUCUUCAGAAGUUGAGCAUAGUCUAGCCAACAUGGUCUUGGGGUCCGAAACAGCGCCUCCAUAUUUUUAUUUUCUUCAUCCUACUUCCUUCCCGGAUCUUCCCAUUUAUCAUCUUCAACGUAACCAAUGCGCACCAAACUCGACGUUUUUUAUUCCUUUACGUAAAGUGCAACGAGAGAUAAGAUGUGUUCGAGCUUUAUGUUUGUGGAGGAAUAGCUCUUCUGAAGUUAAUGAUGAGCUAUUUAAGGGUUAUCGUGAAGGAAAUUUAGAGAAGAAGAUCAAUGAGUUUGCUGCAGCAUUCGACUUCUCAAACUCCAACAAGACUAAUUUUAAUGUGACUAUAUGGUACAAUUCAACUCAUGAGCUAGCACGCUUGGUUAACCUGGCAUCGAAUGCCUACCUCCUGUCUCUGAAAGAUGGUGGUACAAAGGUGCUAUUAGAUUUCAUGAAGGGAAUGCCCCAACCUAGCAGUAACCCACCCAGACUAGACGUUGCUUCUGCAUUCGGAGUACUGUCAUUUACUUGGGUUGUUAUGCAAUUUUUCCCUAUGGUGUUGACAUCUCUGGUUCAGGAGAAAGAAAGUAAUCUGAGAAUAAUGAUGAAAAUACAUGGCCUAGAUGACAGACUUUAUUGGGUGAUUUCUUAUACCUAUUUUGUUCUCGAAUUUGUUAUCUACAUGCUAUGUCUGGUAGCAUUUGCUUCAGUUCUAGGGUUACAAUUCUUCACUAUGAAUGACUUCAAAAUCCAAUUUCUCUUCUACUUCAUCGGUAUAAACUUGCAAAUUUCAAUGGCAUUUCUAAUGGCGCCAAUUCUUUCAAAUGUUAAAAUGAUUACAGUAAUAACAUUCGCAUUGCUUUUUGGAUCAAGGCUCUCUGGGAAGUCUGUUUUUGAGUUCUUUCUUGAAGAUACAACAUUGUCAAGACAUUGGAUUAUUGUUAUGGAGCUAUAUCCUGCUUUCUCUCUUUACCGUGGUAUAUAUGAGCUCGCACAAUAUUCUCUCAUGGGUAGUGCAACAGGAACCCAAGGGAUGCAAUGGAGAGAUUUGAGCGACCCUGAGAAUGGGAUGAGGGAUGUCUGCAUUAUUAUGAUGGUCGAAUGGUUGGUAGUACUUUUUAUUGCAUACGACAUCGAUCAACAACGAAUAUCAUCAAGGAAUGGAGUCACAGCGAGGGUUUUGCUAUUUUUGCAAAAUAUUUGGAAGAGGUCAAGAAAUGGUGUGAAAAGAAGAAUUCUAUGUUUGAUGCUAGGCAUUUGGAAGAAGUCAAACUUAAAAAGCCAAAAAUUUUCUGCAGUUUCCCCACAGGUGGAAAAUAUUGACGUUUUCGAAGAGAGGGAGAAAGUUGAACGAUGGCUGCAUAAACCCACGUCGAUUUAUUCAAUCAUUUGUCAUAAUCUUGAAAAGGUGUAUCCAGAAAGGGAUGGAAACCCUAAGAAAAUUGGAGUGAGGGGGUUGUCUCUAGCUAUAUCCAAAGGGGAGUGCUUUGGUAUAGUUGGUGACAGUGAUGCAGGCAAAACCUCUUUCAUUAGUAUGAUGACUGGGAUCACAAAGCCAACCUCUGGCAAAGCAUUCAUUGAAGGUCUGGAUAUAGAGAGUCAAAUAAAAGAAAUAUAUACAAGAAUAGGUUAUUGCCCUCAGAUUGACCUUCUCUGGGAAACUCUAACUGGGAGGGAGCACCUCCAAUUUUAUGGAAGGGUUAAAAACCUCGUAGGUCCUGCCUUGACACAGGCGGUGGAAAACUCUCUUAGGAGAGUAAACCUUGUUCGUGGAGGUGUUGGUGACAAGGAAGUCAGUGAAUAUAGUAGAUCAGAGAAGAGGAGGCUUAGUGUUGCCAUUUCAUUGAUUGGAAAUCCUCAAGUGGUCUUUAUGGAAGAACCUACCGUUGGUUUAGAUCCGGUAUUGAGAACCAGUUUAUGGAAUGCUAUAAAGCAUGCAAAGCAAGAUCGAACGAUUAUUUUGACAACACAAUCAAUGGAAGAGGCAGAGGCUCUAUGUGAUAGAAUAGGAGUUCUAGCAGAUGGCUGUUUGCAAUGUAUAGCCAGCCCUCGAGAGCUGAAGGCUAGAUUUGAAAGAUUUGAAGAAUCUUCCACGUUUAAGGACACAACACCCCCCUGCCAGAAGGAUGAGUUGCGUCGCCUUUUCGGUUUGCCAACUUCUAGUGGGUCAGUGGAAAAAUAGAGCUCACAAUUGGUAGAUGAGGAUGAGAGUGAGCAGAGAAGAUAUAAGAUGGGAGGCAUGUGGUUCCUAUAAUUCCUGUUCUUGCAUUUCAAAAGAGGGCAUGAAAUCAUAUAAUUUGAAGCCUGCAGUGUUGUUGCAUUUAGGAGCAUAAUUUGAUGAUUGUGGACUGUAAAUUCACUGUGUCCUCCAUAUGUUAGCAAGUUUAGCACAAACAUUAAUGUCUUUGGAUAUUUGAAGCAAAAAUCAAUUAGUAAAAUUCAAGGAAUUUGCAAGUUAA